AGACUUGAUAUGGAAAUGGCUUUUUCUGUUGCAAACUCUGCUGUGUAUGGUAAUCGAUGGAAGUGGAAGAGUAGUCCAAAAGCCCUAUUUGGUUGGAAGAUAGGCAAAAGAGAUUCUGAUGAUAAACCACAGCCUAAGUACCAUGACAUUCAUCUUCCAUUCCCACCUUCACUUGUUGAAAAAACAUUCUUGAAAGAUAGAGAGCUGAAAUGCUGUUACAAAGCUAGCAUAGAUGGAUUUGGUGCAACAAAUUUCCACAAUUGCAGUGACUUCAAAGGACCAUGUGUUAUAAUAGGCUACACAAACAACUCCUUCAAAUUUGGUGCAUUUAACCCUGAAGGCUAUAGAAGCACUGAUGAUUACUAUGACUCAUUUGAUUCAUUCCUCUUCUAUUGGACUGAGACAGACCAUGAAAUUGUUAUUUUACCCAAAGUUGGUGGCAGUGGUGCAGCCAUUUUUGAUUAUGCAAGGGGUGGGCCUCAGUUUGGGGCCGAUGGGCUUCUCAUCGGGCCUCCAUUAUCGCCGGUUAUGGGCGUGUUCACCGGGCCUGAUUCGAGUUACGGAGCAGGUGACCUGAGAGUAGCAAAGUCUAGAUUGGGAUUGUCUUAUGCUAAAAGAGCUGAUGGGAAGGAGUCUAUAUUUGGUGAUGACUCGAAGGCCACUCUUGAUGAAGUUGUAGUUUUCUGUAGUCCUAAAAUUGCAAGUUUAUACUAGUUUAAGGUAUAUUUAAUCCUCUAUAGCUUUUGUACUAUAGCAAUUUUCAGCAUAAAGUGUAAUUUUCUUCAAAGUUGAAUUGAUUAAAAAUUAGGUCUAA